AUGUUUUCAUGUCAAAACCCUGACAUCAAGUGGAAUGUGAUGGAUGCCGUGCUAGUGAUGCUGGGAAUUCUGGAUGAGGUCAUCACCCGCACUUUCGCAACAAUGAGAGACGCUCCAGAUCCACCUCCUAAUAUGUCUUCGGCUCGCAUUCUGCGACUGCUGCGGCUGGUUCGAGUUGCACGUGUGCUCCGCGUACUGCGCUUCUUCUCCGACCUGAGAGUCAUGAUUAUGGGAGUACUGAGCUCACUGAAGGCUUUGAUGUGGGCCCUGAUUCUCCUCUUCUUCAUCAUUUAUAUUACCGCCGUAUGCAUCUUGCAAUUUGUGGGCGAAUUUCUCGCAGACAAUCCGCAAGAAAUUCCCAGCUUCUCUGCUGAUCGUCCUUUGUUCGGCAAGCGCUGGGUAGCAAUGGCUCGGGUGUUGGAUUUCUCGAUCAGCUUCGAACCAGAGUUUAUUGCCUCGUCCUUGGCGCGGAUCUGGAAGCUCGAGAGCGGAAAGUUUGUCAGACGACGGGAUGUCCACAACCAUGCUGUCGAUACUUGUCCGAUCUCCUUAGAGCCCAUGCAAGAUCCAGUGCUCAUGAGUGACGGGCACAUCUACGAGAAGGAUUCGAUUCUCCAGUGGUUGGCAAGUGGAAACAAGUGUUCGCCCUGCACACGAGCCGAACUAACGCACAAGUGGGUCCUGAGACUACUUCCCUACAUCCAAACUACAGAGCUGCUAUUAUCCUCCCAGGGCGACGCAACGCCGACUCAGGCACAAUCAAUUUCGUGCCCGGACAGUAUAUCUGCAGUCAAGCUACAUGCUGCAAAAUGUGCAGAAGCGCUUGAAACCUGCAUCAACAGUCCCAGGGAUUUGGGCAGAAGUCUGCUGUCGGCACAGCCCCUCUUUACCGAGCUGGAAGACAUGUCUGCAAGGUUGUUGAGAAGUCUCGAUCAGCUUAAGGAGGCUGCGAAACGGGAGUCCCAGGCUGUGACCGAUGCAGCAGUCCACAGAAUUCAGCGCUGGGUGCGCCACAACAUGGCAAUUCGGCGCCGCAAGAAGCAAGCUGCCCAGCUUGCAGAGUUGUGUAGCAACGCCUUGCUCAAGGGCAAAAUGGAACUUGUUGCCAAAUGCUUUGACCGCACUGAUAUUGACUACCGACAGGUCGUAGCAAAUCUGCGAGAGCAAGGACACGCUUUACGUCAGGAGCUGGACAGUCACCUCACGCCCCUGCAGAAAGCGGCAAGGACAGGGCUGGUUCAUGCCGCCAGAUUGCUGCUUCGGGCUGGGCUUACCCGUGACGAUAUCAACCUAUUCGUGUCAGACCUUGCAGGGGAAGACGACGUGGCCUUCUCAAACAGUACGUGCCUACAUCUUGCCGUCCAUCCGAAUCAUGUCAAUAUGACGCGAUUCCUUUGUCAGGAGUUGGCCGAUGUCGACAGACCGUGCACCUCAAUCAAUGUUACAGCGCUGGUGCUGGCAGCUCGAUUCGACCAUUGUGAGAUCAUUGAGGAGUUGGUGCGCGCCCGUGCUGACAUGGAAAAGGCCACGAAGGACUUUGGCUGCACACCGCUCUUCGAAGCUGUGGGGCAAGGCAAGGUUGCUGCGGUGGAGUCGCUCUGCAAGCUGCGGGCCCAGAUCAACCGAACCCAGACAGUCGGUUUCACACCUCUCUUCCUGAGUGCCAGGACGGGAGUGGAGGAAGUCACGAGCACUUUGAUCAGGUUGCGAGCAAACCUGGAGAAAGCUGACGUCAACAGCGGAUUUACCCCCCUUUGCGAAGCAGCUCGGCGAGGACACGCGGACGUGAUUCGCGUCCUCUGUAUGGCUGGAGCCGAAAAAGAUGCCGUGACAAAGUCCGGCUUCUCACCUCUCUUGCUGGCAGCGAGCAACAAUCGCAUCGAAAGCCUAAAGGCAUUGUGCGAUGCUGGUGUGGACAAAGACAAGCUCUAUCGUUUGAAGAUUUGGGAUGCUGCCCCCGGUGAUUUGGAAAUUGGGAGCACCGAGCAUACCAUUCUGUCAUGCAUUUUGGGAGAAGCCGCGGUUCGACGCAAAAUGAAAGAGAGCAAGGGGAAGCAGCACGUUACCGUGUGGGACUCUGGAUCGACUUUAUUUGCUUCUGCUUUCCAAAAUCAGCCCGAGAUCGUCCAGGCGCUCUGCGAGAAAAAAGCGGACAUGGACAGACCAACCUCGGAAACCCAACUGACGGCCUUGUUCAUUGCAGCAGUCAGAGGCCACGAAGAGGUGGUCCGGACAUUAAUCCACGCAAGCGCAGAUGUUCGGCGGCGUGCCGGAAAGACGCAAAUUACCCCCGCCACAGCGGCAGCACGUGCCGGCAGGGGGAAGGUGGCAGGUUUGUUGGCGGAGCUGGCGGAUGAAGAAGAUUUCGCCGAAUCCUCGGACAAGAGAUUGGAAGUGCACACACUCGAAGAUGUCAUCAGAAGAACCGAAGUGCCUUGGACCAUCUCCGGUGGCAUCAGUUGGGGAGAGUUGGCACCGCCACUUAUGCUGGUAAACCCCGUGGUGACUCCCAUCCUGACGUUGUACAUCGCGCUCGCAACGUUCUGCGUGCUGAACAUCGUCACUGGUGUCUUUGUGGACCGUUCUGCUGCGAUGGCUUUGCAAGACGAAGAGAACAUGAUGCUGGAAGAGAUACAGAACCGGAAAAGAUGGAUCAAGGAGAUCGAGAUCCUGUUUGCAAAAGCAGACACGGACCACAGCGGCAAUGUUGAGUGGGAAGAGUUUGAGAAUGCUUUGGCAGACCUUCGGGUCCAGCUCUGCUUCAAGAACCUUGGGAUUGACCUCCACAAAGUGAGCUUGGAGCAGAUCUGGCAGCUCAUCGACUUCGACAACAAAGGCUACAUUGAAAUCAGCGAGUUUGCCGACUGCCUGCUGGAAAUGCAUGGCGUUGCGCACAGCAUUGACAUCGCACGUCUGAGGCACGAGCAGCAGAGAACGGCGCGGAAGCUGGAGCAUGUGCUGAGGCUCUGCGACACGGGCUUCCAGACGCUGUCUGAAAUGUCCCGCUCGCUGGUUGUUUCUGGAAUGAAGCCCACGCAGAAAGGGCGCAGAAGUGAAGCGUGA